UUCAUUACUGCCCUGUGACACUGGAGAAGCCAGGGCUGCAGUAGUAAUAUUCCUCAUUUGUGUCACAAAGAGGAUUUCUUUCCAGGAAGAGCCCAACUCCAAAGAGAAAAUGAAUAGCCAAUAUAUACGUCAUGAAGUCCGGGGAUGUGAAACCAGUGACCUGAGGAACUUCUGGGAAAAGACUAUUGAACAACAAACUCGGUAUCUGCAAAUUGAAAAAGAACGUCAGCAAAAAAGUGCUCUGACAAAGCUCAGAAAUGAAUGGAUGGAAAGGCUGGAAAAAAGGAUAAAGAUGUUGAGGACCCAACCUGAAGACCCGUCUAGUUGAAGAUCCCACACUUCACAUGUUUGGGGGAGAAAGAAUUUUAUUUUUUUUUGUAGGAAAGUAUGAUGGUGUGAUGCAAAAGCUGAGUCAACUUUACUUUGUGACUUAAAGGAGCUAUAAUUAAUUAGCUGUCAUUGUUAGAAGUUUCAUAUAUGAAAUCUCUGUUGCUGCUUUUAAAAUUAUGUACCCAUCCCUUCAUUCGAUACACGGAGACUGAAGUACUCUGAAGUCUUCAGGACUAAUAAAUCAUGGUUCACUGAGCUGUAGAUACCUGGAAAAAGUUUAGUUACACACUUAG